UCAGUUUUGGUGUGACGGUUAGUGCGAACGAUUGGUUCUCUGUAUUUUAUAGCAAGUUUUUUUUUCUAUCCAAGGAAGAAAAAAAAGAUUAAACAAACAAAUUGUGCAUUUGUUAAGACGAAAGAAAGAAAAAAUCGCGUUGAGAGUAAAAUAAGUGAUAUUUAAAAGUGACAAACGACAUUAUUAAUUACAUUGUCAAGUGAAUUUUUAAAAGUUGUGACAAACUAGCAAAACAAAAAAAACUCUACCAAGAUGAUGAACGACGCUUUAGCUGGAAUGAUCCCAUACGAUUCAAUUGGAUUGUAUGAGCAACCAAAGCCAAGAUUUUUCUUUAAAAUGCCGCGAGUUGUUCCAGAGCAAAAAUCGAAAUUCGAAAGUGACGAACUCUUUCGACGACUCAGCCGUGAGUGUGAGAUUCGCUAUACGGGAUACAGAGAUCGUCCAAUAGAAGAGCGACAAAUACGGUUCCAAAACGAUAUUCGCACUCAAGGACGUACAGAGAUUGCAUUUGUGGCAUCCGGAACGAAUUUGCAACUAACAUUCAAUAACAAUAUGACGCCAUAUGGACCCCAUGAACGUGAAUUAGAUUUUGAAAAAGAACCAGGCAAAGUCCACAUCAAAUCGCAUAUGAUCAUGAACGGCGUUUGUGUACGGUUUCGUGGUAAUGUGGAUUUGGAGCGUUUGGAUGGGAUCGGUUGCUUGGAGUAUGAUGAGCGUCGUGCAGCCCAAGAAGAUGCAAUUUUACGCGAUCAAAUCGAUCGGUAUAAUCAACGUUUGCGCGAUUUUGAAGACAACAAACGAGCCUAUCGUGGCGAACGACAAGAUAUCGACGAUGCCGUUCGACGUGGUGGAAUCGGCGUCGGAGCUGGAAUGUGGCGAAGAUAAAUCACUUCAAUUCAUUCAAUUCUUAAAUCAUUUGUAGCUCCAAACAUCAUAUAACUUGAUAUGUUCAAAUUUUUUUUUAUUUAUGGAUUUCGUACUUUUGUCAUAUAAAAGUGAGAGAUUCACUUUGAUGGAUUAUUAUGUAUACAAAUUUUACCUUUAUAUUUAUAUUGAAGUCCCCAUUUUACCACAUUUUAGUUAUUUUAAAAACUAACAAUUAAUUCUUUGUAAGCGAUAAAUAAAAUGUAAAGAAAAGAAUAGAAAGUGAAGUUGCACCAUCUUACGUUCGAUGUAUUUUAAUUUUUAAUUUAUCGAAGUCGCGAAAAUCUCUUACAUUAUUCAAAUAAAAGGCUGGUGAUUUCUGUUUAUUUUCAAAACAAA